GCAAAGUGACUGGCGGAUAUAUAAACUAGUCAACAUGGAGCUCCUCGGUCAGAAAAGUGCUGGCAGAAGAAUCAUGAAGUUCAGAAGGAUCCCCCUUGUUUUUGCACUUUUCUUUUGCAUUACCGAUGCAGAACAUUGGACAAAAUUACGGGAAAAACAUAAAUCGAAGUCCCUGACCACCCAAAGGCUACGACGUGCAGUAGAUCUUGGUUCUGAUAUGCAGACAUUUAAACGUGAUGAAUUAAAACCACUGCUCAUUGAAAGAGUUCCAGGGACUCCAGGCAACCUAGCAGCUCAAGAGCAUAUACGGCAAAGAAUGCAAAGGCUCAAAUGGAGUAUAGAAGAAUUCCCCUUUACUGCUGAGACUCCGUUUGGCGAUAAACCAUUCAACAAUAUAGUCGCCACACAGAACCCCUCUGCUAAACGUCGUCUUGCAUUUGUGUGUCAUUUUGAUUCAAAAUACUACAGAAACAUUAAAUUCAUUGGUGCUACAGAUUCUUCAGUCCCAUGUGCUAUGAUGUUAGACCUUGCACGAACACUGAAUGAUACCAUAUGGAAGGAUGCAGCAACAGCUCUAGAUGUCUCUCUGCAGUUGAUUUUCCUAGAUGGGGAGGAAGCCUUUGUACAUUGGACAUCCACUGACUCAGUCUAUGGGGCAAGGUAUCUGGCUCAGAAAUGGCAUGAUGAGAAAUAUCCUGAACAGGAUUCCCUAAAUAAUGUUCUUGAUAGACUGGAUGCAUUUAUCCUGUUGGAUCUCAUUGGGACCAAAAACCCUAAAUUCACCAACUGGUUUGACAAACAAACUGGCCAUUUAUUUGAAAGAUUAGCAAAAAUAGAAACCAAAUUGAAGAAAGAUGAAAGAUAUCAUGGAACAACUAGUUAUUUUCAAAACAAAGCCAGAUAUAACGGUGGAGGAAUUGAGGAUGAUCACAUUCCAUUUUUAAGAAAAGAUGUUCCAAUUUUACACUUAAUAGCUUAUCCUUUCCCGAGUGUAUGGCAUAAAGAAAGUGACAAUGAAAAUGCAUUGGACUAUGACACUAUAGAAAACCUAAACCACAUUUUACGCAUCUUUACUAUAGAAUAUCUCCAUUUGUCACCCUGACUAAGCCGGGAUGAAUUGUAGUUACCAUAGCAACUGCUGACCAAUCAACCAUGGAACCUGAAAAAACCAAAAAUGGAUCAAAAAUUUAAAUAUUUAUUGAAGAGUUAUAAGAAAUUUUACAAAAAAGUGGAGCUUUAUUAAUGAAAAGUGUGUCUCUUUUAGUCAAAACUAUGUAUUCUAGAAAAUGCCUUGUACUAAUACGAGGGUCCUGUAAACUGUAAUUAUCAAAAUACAUAUCAUUUUAAUUAAGCAGGACCAACUAGACUAUUGAAUUAACCCAUCGACUCAUUCCAUGCUAUGCUUAAAAUUGUUCAUUUCAUUUAUUCAUGAAGGACAGCAAAACCUAGUUCAGACAUUUAUUCAUGCAUAGGAGCACCUCGUUGAGAUUCCCUAUUUUGGGAAAUUCUGUACACAGUUCAGAAAAUGCUGCUUCAAUCGUGCAAAAUAUGUGUUUAUUUCAUGCAUUCCCUAGGACAGGUUUUCAUGCACUUCACUUUUAACAUAAAUUAUUUUUAUAUGCAUUACAUAGCAUAAUACAAGUGCUUUUCAGAAGUAUAUGGUUUGAUUUGGUUUGCCAUCUUAAGAUAUAUCUAAAAUUUCACUUCGUGUAUUAAAGAAUUUGUCCUGUGUGCAUGAUUUUUUAUGCUGGGCCAUGUACUUACAUAUGCAUUCAAGUUCCUUUUAUUGAUAAUGGUAACAUGAUUUUAAUUCUUAGUUAUGAUGUGAAUUGAGAUAUAUCUUUAAGGCAUGAUUGUUAUAGUAGCUUCAGUUCAUCGAGAAUGAGAAAAGAAUUUUAUUUUUGUACGUCUCAAAUUUUUUUGAAAAUUAGUUUAUUUGCAUCAUAUCACCACCAUAAUCUGAUAAUCCACCUCGUGAAAUUUUUAAUGUAACAGUUGCAAUGAAAAUUUCAAAUUUUUGAAAGUCACAAAUCAGCAUAAAAAAAACUCUAUUAACCCUACUUACAGCAAGAAAUAAUUCACAAUGUAAUAAUGUGUAUAUUGAUCUAGCUUAUGUUUGUGACCGAAAUAUCAAGAAAAGUUUACUUGUCCAAAUAUUUUGCUGAAUUAUUGCUCUUAGUUUGUGGGUAUGCUUACUUUACAUUGGACUACUGAUUUUUGUGGCCAAUGAUCAAUGGUAAUGGGUAACACCAUUUGUUCAUAAUUGGU